AAUAUUAUUAAUUAAAAAUCAUUAAUAAAAAUGAAGCAACGCUCCGACGUAUCUAGUAGCAGAAGAAAAAACAGAAAGAGACACUUCACCGCCCCAUCUCACAUUAGAAGAAAAAUUAUGUCUUGCCCAUUAUCUAAAGAAUUAAGAGAACAACAUGGAAUUAGAUCUAUGCCAGUGAGAAGAGGAGACACCAUCAAGGUCGUAAGAGGAUAUUACAAAACCAAAGCCGGAAGAGUAAAGCACGUCUCCAGACAGAGAUGGAGUAUCUGGGCUAAAUCAGUCAGCCAUGAAAUUUAUAAUGGAAAGACUGUUGGUAUUGCCUUGCACCCAUCCAACUGCGUAAUCACCAAGCUAAACACCAAGAGAAAGGACAGACAAGAAAUUAUCGACAGAAAGAAGAGCGGAUCUGCUGCUAGAGCAGAUGAUAGAGUUGAUUAAAUUGCUUAUAACAAUCA